UGACUGCUCGUCCGGGCAGCCAAAUCGGAAGGCUCGGCGCCGUCUUGGUCUUUUCGGUAGUAGGAAAUGGGCGCCUUCAAGAAAGUGUUGACUCCUGGCGUCGUACGGAGAAUUCAGACAAAUUCUCUGGGGCUCUGCUUUUAGGGUGAGCUGCCCAGAAGAAGACCACUUAGAAGCUUCAACUGGUCCAGAAUGGAGUGCGCUGGGCAGGGAUGGGCGUGCUUCGGUCUGCCCACGCAACACCCCUUCUCUCCAAGCUGUACUGGUUGCCAGUUUGCUUCCAGCAAAGAAGAGACUGAGUUUGCCCUCAAAGGAUGCCGGGGGCAGCUGCAGACACGUGGAAUUACAUCCCCGAGGAAAUUCUCUCGCACAUCUUUUACUACUUGCCUCUGCGAGACAGACACGUGGUUUUCUGGGUCUGCAGGAGGUGGGCCGCAGCGGUUUCUGCCAGCUCUGUCUGGAGCUUCACAGAAGUCAGGUGUGUUGCAGAGGAUGAGGAAGCCACACUGCGGAGUUUGCACCAGUUCCUCCACCACAUUAAACACCUCAAGGUGGUGUUUGAUCAGUCUGAGGAGGUGAUCCGGAAGAAUGUCUCCCAGAUUCUGGACCUACUGGCCAAACAGAAUCACAAGCUGCAGGCCCUGUGCAUUGAAUGCGAGGGAGAAAACCCUUAUUUCUACUCUGGCCAAGACAUCUUGCAGAGCAUCCGGGGGAUCUGCCUGAGCCAGAAUAAAAUCAACCUUCAGCAUAUAGAUUUCCGGAAAAUGCCCUUUACUCUGGACGAUGGGAUCGUUCAGCUUGUGGCCUCCAGUAGUCCGAAUCUGCACACCUUGUACCUUAACAACCGCACCUUAGUUUGCAAUGUCACCCCUGAGACCAUCAUUGAGCUUCUGAAGGCUUGCCCCAAAUUGUCUACCCUGGGGGUCUAUUAUGCCAGCCUCUCAGAGGAUGUGUUUAAGGAACUGGUGAGGCUCAAUAGGAGAGUUUUCAAGUGCCUGGAUAUUUUCUGCGAGCGUCUGGACAAAUACAUUCCUGUAAUCCCGGAGGAGCUUUGGGCUCUGGUGCGUGAGAAAUAUCCCCAGCUCCAUGUGCAACUUGAAUUUGACCACACUGUCCCAGCAUGGAAGAUACCUCGCAUCUUGAAGCCAAACAUCCCAGUGACAGAGUUGCAGCUUAAUACUUACACAUACAUUGUGAAUCAAAUUCGUUUUGUCACCAGCAGCUACAGCAGCACUUUGGAGAGGCUGGUCCUUCGCACCACCUCAUCUGAUGAACUCAAUGACUCGCUCAUGGAUUUGGCCCGAAAAUGUGUGCACCUGAAAGAGAUCCACUGUUUCUGUGUGGUUAGCCAUGCGGUGGUAGAUGCUUUCCUUUCAAGCUGCACCAAUUUGAAGAGUUACACUCUGAAGACCACCAAAGAACGCAGCCCUUGGCGACCAACAACCAUCCUGUGAUUUCACUUGAGGGUUUUACCUUCACAAGAAGAUGGAAGUCGGUAACUCAGCUCAGCUUCUUCUACUAGGUUCUUCCGUGGUUUGUUUAUCACGUGGUCCAAGGUGUGAUCCCAACUCGUUUCUCCAAAGUGAAACCAAAGUCAAGAAUGGACUUGCUGUUUCUUGAGAGCUCUAAGUCCUUGUGUGUGUGUGUGUGUGUGUGUGUGUGUGUGUGUGUGUGUGUGUGUUUUGUAUUGCUACUUAGGCCUGGGUCUGCAUGUUACACUAAGCUAUGGCUUGUUCAACCAUGGGUUAUUGGCUAAACCACAAUCUGCUGGACAUAACCAUAGUUUACAGGCUAUACUGCCUAGGUGUGCACAAUUGACAAAGCUAGGAUUGGCAGAUAUCACAGAACAUUGCCAGUAUGUGGAAUCUCCAGACCUUGCAAAUUAAGUAUAUAUUUUGGCAGCAAAAAUAUCUUCUCCCACAAGAUUUCAACAUUCCCACUUCAGGUUACAUGAGGUCUUGAGAUUGAGGCAACAAAAAUGUGAAGGGCUUUUAGAAUUAUUUUUAAAUGUCCACAUAAUGGUGAGGGCCGUCUGUGCCUUCACCCAAGAUGGUGAAAUGACACAAAGUAUCAGAAAAGUCAACAUCGAGGGAAGUCAGAUAUACAGGAGUCCAUUUGGAGAUCUUUAUGUGACACCCGAGCCCAACACGGUUUGUAUGGUUUUGGCUUAGUAUGUUUUGCAAACCCUAUGGCAGUUUCUAAGCCAUGUUUUAUGGCUUAGGGUAUUAUGCAAACCCAGCCCAUUUGGAUCAGGAAACCUUGGCAAUGCCAACUAGGGUUCAGUGCAAUAUAUGAACUCAGACUUACUGUCUUGUAUGAAUGCAAUCAUGGGGAGAAGGGCAGUUUAGUUGACACAAGAACAUGAUGUCUGCAGGAUAGGGUAAGGGAGGGCAUGCAGUGCCACACAUAUCAUGACAUCAUUGUGCAAAUGAUGUCAAUUAUGCAAUUUGCAUUAUUUGUGCAAUGAUGUCAUAAUACAUGUGAUGUCAUCACAGCUUUUCCUCGACACCUAUGGUUCCCGUUCAUCUUUUCUCUCUAGCACAGUGUUUCUCAACCUUGGCAACUUUAAGACCUGUGGACUUCAACUCCCAGAAU